UCUAAGGAGUAGCAUGAUUGACAACUGGGAUGGGUCACAUAUUGACCAGGUGAAAGUUGAACUAUUCAGAAAAGGAACUCUUGAUGUAGAGAUAUAUUUUGAUGGUCGAGGUUCAACAAGUUCUGAUUGGUUCACCAAGGAACGACUUCGUUCCAAUUCUUUCAACGACCUGAAUCAAAUGUCAGCCUUUAAUUUUUUCUCAGUGGAUGGACAUCUAGGCCGACAUUUCUACAUUAGCCAUAUCCAUAGUGGUUGCCCUAAUGACAAAGGUUGGAUUGUAGUGAUUGACAAAGAUCAUGGAAGUUCACGAAUUUGCGAGUUUGACAGGAUACCUGGAAAGGCCUACCCAUAUAUUUUGUAUGGCACCGAUCAUCACAUGAUCAAAUUUGCAACUGAAGCUGCAGUUGCUGACAUGAUGAUUAUAUCUAUUUCAACAUUGGUUUAAAAUGAGACAUAGUGCUAUUAGAAAACUAACCUUACCGAAAUUAAAAGAAGGAAAUGAACAUUUUAGUUCGUCUUUAUCCACAAUUACUGACAAAUAUUUGAUUCCUAAUACCCAUUUCACCGUUUGCUGCUGAUCAAUAUUUAGUUUU